AUGCGAUCCAUCGCCGCAGCAACAGCAGCUCUGCUACUGACUCAAGCAGCUCUCUUACCCUCCACAGCAGCUUCGCUACCACAAGCAGCCUUCUCUGCCGAAUCUGCGCCAUCAUCCAGCACUAACAACUCAUCAUCCCCGACCCACCCCAUCGCCACCCUCCGCAAACCCUUUGGCCGCUUCCUUCACGUAACCGACCUCCAUCCCGAUCCGCACUACAAGUACAACUCAGCCGUCAACGCAGCCUGCCAUCACAAGAAACCUAAAAAACACAAAUCCGAAGGAAAACAACGUGCAGGAUGGUGGGGAACCGCACUUAGCGAUUGUGAUUCUCCACCGCAUCUCGUCGAGUCUUCUCUCAAAUGGGCUGCUUCCAAUCUUGUUUCCUCCUCCGAAGGUCUGGACUUUAUCAUCUGGACCGGCGACUCAGCCCGACAUGAUAACGACAAUAAACUCCCACGUAGCAACAAAGAGAUCUUUGAGCUUAAUCGAUGGACUCUUUCCCAACUCGAGACCGCUUUCCCGGGUGUACCUUUGAUUCCUACCGUGGGCAAUAACGAUAUUUUCCCGCACAACAUCCUUUUCCCGGGACCAAACGCAGUCACAAAGGAGUAUGUUCAGAUUUGGAGAGACCACAUUCCAGAGUAUGAAUUUCACACGUUCGAACAAGGUGGAUACUACGUUAAAGAAAUUCUUCCUAAUCGAUUAGCUGCUAUGAGUCUGAAUACGUUGUAUUUCUACGAUAACAAUAAGGCAGUGGAAGGAUGUGUGAAGAGGAAAGGCAAGAAGGCCGAUCCAGGUACAGCGCAGUUAGACUGGUUGGAAGUGCAAUUGGAUCUGUUUAGAAGGAGAGGGAUGCAGGUUCAUCUGUUGGGUCAUGUGCCGCCGACAGCAGGGAACUACUUCGGGAAAUGCUAUAGAAGGUAUACGGAUAUAGUACUGAGGUUUCAAGAUACGGUGGUAGGUCAACAUUUCGGUCAUAUGAAUACGGAUGCGUUUUUUGUGCAGGAGGAUAUGGAGGCUGUUUACAGUUCUAUCUCUUCCGAGGCUGGGAUGGGCGAUGAAGCAGAAGCAGAAGUAGAGUCAGAGGAGAUGGAGGAGGAGAUGGAAGAAGCAGAGGAGAGAGAUGAGGUGGAGACGAAGGACGAGGGUCUACCAGGAGACCUAAAGCGAGAUUUCUCCACACUCCCAGGCAAAGGUCGAACGAACAAAGACUUUUACUCGGUCUUUUUCAUCGCUCCUAGCAUCAUUCCAACCUACUACCCUUCAAUUCGGUUAUGGACAUAUAACGUCUCCGAAAGUGCUCGAAACCAACCCUUCACCUCGAAUUUCAACAUCACCUCGUCUAUCGAGCCUAACACAGGCCUGGGAGAAGAUGAUGACGAAGAGCUAGAGCCAUUUUCAAGGCAUCACCACCGCCCAACACCGCCAAAGAAAAAGAAAGGCAAGAAACACCAUAAGCACAAGCUCCCUCGCCACACCUCACCCUCUUCACCUUCCCGUACCAAUACCUACCUCAGCAUGCUCGGCUAUUCGCAGUGGGUGAUGGAUAUCGAUGACCAGAACGAGACCAUCGAGUCUAUUCUCCACCCUCACAAGCUCAACUCUGCUGGUGUCGGAGAAGAGAAGAAGAAACACAAAGACAAUGAUGAUGAAGAGAAGAAAAAACGUCGCAAAGAAGCAGAAAAACAACAAGUUUCGUACAAACUUGAGUACGCCACGCACCCUCCAGAAGUGCUUUGGCAGGAAUUCGACCCUUCUUUUACCCAACGCGGGUUAAGGGGGCCGGUACCGGUACCGAAAGCGCUGUUAGAGAAGGAACUGAAACGUGCUGGUCUCAAGCAACCUUUCAUCACCUCUGAAGUGGACGAGGAAAAGAAGGGAACUGGGAGAAAGAAGCUAGCUAAGCCAUUAAGAAAGCUCACAGACUACAGCUUACCAUCGGUCACGGUAGGAGAGAUGAUGGAUCUGGCACGAAGAUUAGUGGUCGAUAAGAAGUUGUGGAAACGAUUUGUGGCUAGGAUUUAUAGUGAGUCUGGUUACAAGCCCUAA